AUGAUCCCCAGCCACCGCCAGCUUGCGUGGGAGCUCACAGAUGUACAGAAGCGAAAUUCAUUUGGGUCAUCUCAGGAAAAGAAAAUUUUCCCCUUUUUUCAUGCACCAGACCGAUUAGGUAAUGCAUAUAUACCAAUUAAAGGUGAUCCUGAUCGUGGACCAGGAGCUUAUAACCAUGCAGAGAGGAACAACCUUAUAUAUAACUUGGCUAACAGACCAGAGAGUACUAAAGGGUACACCAUGGGAGCAAGAACAACACCACGUUUUGAAUUAAUAAACAAGCAUGUGACCCCUGCGCCUACAACGUAUCAGUCAAUAUGGAUCAAAGAGCACAAGCAUAAGACUGCGCACUUCCCAUUCCACAGCAGCAUACCCCGGUUUUCAGAGCAGGUUCGAGAUAGAGAGCUCUUUCCUGGACCUGGAACUUACAACCCAUACAAGAUGCCCCACAGGCAUGUCACCUGGCCAGGGAAGUUUGGUUCCCCAGACUGGUCUUUAGUACCAAUGCCACAGAAAAGAACUUUCAGAGCUGAGCUGCUCACAGAUAAAGAAUUCAAGAGACAUCGGAACCUGGUGGCCUAUCUGAGCAUAUAUUAUAGUGAUUAG